CCUCCUGUCAACCCUUUCCCCCCUCAUUUGCAUCACCUGAAAGUCGUAGAACUACCGUUCAGCAGUGGAAGGAACCAUAAUUCCCCGCUUCCCAUCCCAGCCCAGUUUGUCUAUCUGACACACACGGAAAAUGAUAUCUGCUAUUUAGAUGAUAAAAAAGUCGGGUAUUUUCCAAAUACACCCCCGACCCCCCAUCUUCCCAUAUCCGACAUCCGACACCCCCCUCUACUCUAAUCCCCGAUCGCGUGACACACCACACCCACUUCCACCCUUUUUAGUCCGAACUCCUCCAAAGAACAGCAGCCCCAACACACAUACACAAACAUUGAACCCUCGUCCGUUUUUACCUCCGAGUAAGAAAAGUAACAAAGUGACAAUGUGUGUGCAGAUCAAGCUUAAUAAUAAAUUCGCCUUGCAGAAACCCGAAAAAAAAUACGACAAAUAGCCUGUUGCACAAUGUCCCCCUUCCCGGAUGCACGGCUACGUGCAGUGCCGGUGUGGCUUGCAAUC